AUUAAGUAUGUAUAAUAAAAUUACAAUUUAUUUCGAACAAAAACGAUUAGUUAGAUUGACAAAGCUUUCGAAAAAACGACGAAGAAUAAAUAAUCGAAUAUUUGCCACUGUUGCAAUCAUUACAUAAAAUAGUAUAUAAAAAUAAUCGAAAGAAAAAAAAAACACAACUGUCCAUAAUUUCCUCGUGCAGUGACCGAUGAUACCAAAAAAAUGGCGUCGCACACGUACUUAAACAUGUAAAAGAUAUAAAAAGAAGGUUGUCACGCGUGGCGUACUCUCGCGAUGUCGAACGGAACAAUUUUGACUAGCGCUGAUUGGCGAAUACAAGCCGUGGGUGGCGAUUGUUAUGCGCAUGCUCGAGAUAUCGCCAUAUUUAAUUUUUCGCAAGUUUUAUUCUUUGAAUGAUAAGAAUAAAAAUUAAUAAAAAAAUAUAUUCAAUAAAAUGAUGACAAUUACAUAGAACCGCUAAUCAUAACAAGAAAAUAUCAGUAAUCAUGAAAUUAUGAUAUGUGGUUAAUAAAAAAAAAAUGAAACCGCGUUUUAUGAGAAUACAUUUGAUACGCUCUAGGCACCGCGGAUUUUUCCAGACGCGCGCGAUUUUAUUCUGCGCAUGGAAAGCAAUUUUGCCCAAUCAUAAAUAGGGCUAUUGUGGGGGGAUGGUGUAUGCCGCUGGCGCAUUUCAUACAUCCGAGUGUAAUGGUAACGAGAUAGAGGCGUCGCGCGGGGAUAUCGGCCGGUUAGCACCGUAAAUACCCUAUUACCGUACUAGCGCCAAAAAAAUCUAAUCUUAAAAAUUGCAUUUAUUUAUUUACAAUACGUGUUUUGCGAGAUAUCACUUUAAUUGUAACGUUGCCUGAAGUUAUCUCUCAUUUCUUUCCUUUAUACUUAACUCCUUUGUAUCUCUCUCCUUUUUUUUUUACACAUUUCUUUUCCAGCGAUCUUUUAUACGCAUAUACAUACAUAUAUAUGUAUAUAUAUAUAUAUACGUGUACGUUCUCUCGAUACACGAAACGCGAGUGUAAAAAGAAAAGAACACGUUCCACGAGGAGAGAGCGUUGAUCAGCUUGCUUGGUUGCUUGGUUGCUUGCUUGAUUGUGUCUUUCUUUAACGUGUACCAUCUUCGUCCUAGCCGUAUUAUUGUAGUAGUCGUCUUGGUCGUCUUUGUAGUGUGCCGUUGAUCGGGUAGUGCGUGCGAGCGGUCGAGCGAGUGAUCUGUGACGUCAGUGGUCCGAUCGGCUGUCACCUGUCAAGCCGACGAAUCCCUCGCCUUACCUCAGUCCCCUUCCCCCUUGACUCUGGAGGCACCCCCCAAUCCCCGCACAACUCUUCCUUGCCAGGGAUUCUCCCACCAUACUCUCACAACCACCACCAUCAGUACAAUCACCACCCACCACCACCACCACCACCACCAACCACCACUACUACCCUUUUCGCGAGAACCUCGCGAAUCUCCCACCCUCGAUCUAGUACUCCAGCUCCUCUUUCUCCUCUUCCACCUCUUCCAGCUCUUUUACCUCACCCACCAAAUACUCCGAGCACCCGUUUUCCCUCGCUCUUUUUCACCAGUAUGUUAUAUCCAUCCCAGCGGUACCGCCACCUCUCUCCCAGGCACGAACUGCCGCCGGCAACCUCUCUUGCCCUUUUACCCUUUUAUCCCAGCCAUUCCGAAAACCGAGACUUCUGAGUACGAGUAUCCCCCUGGCUGCAUCCCCUUCUCUCACCGUAUCUCCCUUUUUCUCUCUCUCCCUCUCUUUUUCUCUCUUUUCCUCCCUGAUAUAUACUCCCAUUCGCCUCCUGCCGCGACGACCGCAGACACAAAAACAAUAACAAAUCGAUUCGCGAGAGAGAGCAAUGGGAGGGGGUCAGUGCAGUAGGGCGACAAGGAUGGCGCUUUACACGAAUAGAGGGGAACCCUAUCUAUCUCUCUCUUUCUCUUUAUCUUUCUCUUUCUCAUUCUCUCAUAUAUACACAUACACGUACUCAAUUCUCAUCCCCCGCACUCUCUCGGUCUCUCUCUUUCUUUUUAGAUAUUGUAUAGAGAACGUUAUGCUAAAGUAUGCAUGCACGAGGGUUGGUCCGAUGGUCAGGAAUAUCGCGAGUUCGUUCGUUCUGCGCCAGCACGUAUCCGGGCAGUUCGUUUACAUACUUAUUAAUUUUGCCAUUACCUAUUUAUCUAUCGUGCAUUUGUAUUUUUAUCUAUUUGGUGGUACACGCGGCUAACACUUUCGACACUAUAACACGAUUAAAAUCGGCCGAUUCUUGCAAGGACCUAACAUGGUCUAUUACUACUGCAUGGGGGAUGAGACUACGUAAUGACGAUCGGCUACAGUUGCGGUAGGCCACCAGAGGGGCACCAUUCAAAUUAUCGAACUGGGGCACAUGUCUGACGUCACAGAUCAUAAGACGGAUGGAAUAUGGGAUUUGGAGUCUUCACGUUGCGGGUGAACUUUGGGGAGACCCGCGCCUCGCCCGUAGACAUCCAAUCUUACCCCCAAAUGCGACACAAUUACUUCCGAGGGCUGCUUUAGCCCUAAGUGCCCUACAUCAGCCAACAAAUAUGGUACCUUUGCCAUUAACAUUAUCUGGCCCACCCUAUGGCCCAAUGGAAUUGGUUACCAAAUCUUCCGGCAGUACUAACGAUUUAGAAUCGGUCAAAGAUGAAAAUAACGAUAAUUUUCGUCGCGAAGAUAAUGACGAUGGCGACGAUAACGAAGGCAACGAAGAAAACAUCGAAAAGCCCGACGAAAAUGAAAAUCAAACUUCCGAACAAAUCGAAAAUAACGAGAACGAAGAUGAAGAGGAAAGUGAUAGCGGAAGUACCGGGAGUUCCCAUAAGUCGGCUAACAACAAUUUUCCUACGAAAUUGCUAGAUCCUAUUUCAUGUUUAGGUCUCGAUAAGGAGGGAGCAGUGUCGCCAGUAUUGAAUGGUUGGGUAUUAGGAGCAUAUACAGCAAUGUUAGGAAGAUUAUCAGCAGCUACUGCAGCUUUAGAAGCUACACAAAUUCCUAAUAUACCAUCGGAUAGUGACUCAGAAAGUGAGAACUCUUCUUACACGGAAAGGUCAAGGGGUAGUAGUCCAAAUGGAAAUAACAUUCAUCGAGGAUAUUCAUGUGGUUCUUGCGAUGUAGUAGCACCAACGCGACCAGCUUUAAGAAAGCACAUAGCGGAUUGUCAUCCAACAUUAAAUGGUACGGAAACAAGGGAAUCCAGGACUUGUCCCGCCUCUGGCUGCGAUUUUACAACGAAUAGUAGAUGUGACAUGGAAACACAUGUAGCAGCACAUGUGGCUCAAGGAAUGACACCUACUGGAAAGAAACGUACCCUGGCAUUGCAACGCGUCAGGUAUAGAUACGAAAGGGAGGAAUAUCGAUGCUCUUUAUGUUCCUAUGCCUGUACGAUCGAGAAAGCUUUUCAAAGGCAUUUGAGAGCACACGCGAGAGGUACAGCACCAGAGACAAGAGUUAGUUGUGCAGUAUGUGGUGCCGAUAGAUCAUCCGAAGUUGAUCUUAGUAGACACAUGAGAAGGCAUAGAGAUGAUCGUUACUUUUGUUGUGAUAUCUGUAUCUUUCGUACGGUUCAAUUGAAAAAGUUGAUUCAACACCGUCGUAUGCACACCGGUGAGAAACCACAUCUUUGUCCGCAUUGUGCAUACAGAAGUGCACGUCGUGAUAAUUUACGGAGUCACGUUAGGCGAGUUCACAAGAAAGAAAAUUUAUAUUGCGAUACGUUCAGUCCACGUGGUAUGUUGAUAGCACCAACUAUGAACGAUAAAGAUGAUUCGAUCGUCGUACAAAGCCCCGCGUCUUCACCGUCCUCUAAUCCUGAGUCGACGAAUUAGUGCUAACGAAGAUAUUAGUAAUUCAAGGAAAUAUUCUUAGCCUCUUAACGACUUUCAGUCAAAGCUACUGUUAAAUGGUAGCAUGGUAGGAAGAUCUUGAAAGUGAAUGGCUGUGAAAUGAAGAACAAGAGGCUAAAUGUAAAACUUCGAACGAAACGUUGAUUUUUAAUUAUUAAGAUUAAUAUUUCUAUGUAUUAUUUUAUUUUUCUUUUCCUUUUUAUACCCUUUUG